AUGAAGUAUACAUUCGUGUAAUAGGUUUCAACAUUUGCGGGUGCCGCUGAAACCAAAACCCUCCUCCCACCGCAACAUCACAAGCAAGCAGCCCUUUCCGCCGCCCUUCACGGUUCUCUCUCUCUUUCUCCUCUUUAGGAUAUAAUUAUGAUAAAAAGGCGAUUCUAUAGGUUUGAACAUGGUGAUAAGGAUGCUGCAUCAGAAUCUUCCUCGUCUUCGUCAGGCUCCGAAAUGGAGGCAGAAGCUACUGACGACACUGAUAUUGAAGAAGAAGUAGAAGAAGAAGCAGAAGAAAAUGUUGCUGAUGAUGUGAGAGAGGGCGGAGAAGCUUCUUCUUCUUCUGGUUAUGAAAGCGAGGACAGCUCAGUCAACGAAGUUAAUCUUGAUUCAUCAGGUUUGCCUACUAGUGAUGAAGACACCGCUGCUCAAGUUGGCAGCCAAAACAUUAUAGGAAGUCUUUCUGGUGGAGAAGGAAACAGUUUACCUAACAUAGCUCUGGACAGUCCCAAGAAGGAUGAAACCGACUUUGAGACAGCAGAUUGUAUUCUAAAACACAAGUCAGUUUUUAAAUGCAGGCUUUGUCCUAGGAUAGUCUGCUUAUCAGAGGAGACUUUAAAGGCUCAUCUCAUCUCCAAGAAGCACAUCCGCUCUGAGAAACUACUUCGAGAAGGGAGGCUGAAGCUCAUGUUAAAUGAGAGAGGAGAAAUUGAGGGCGAGGCGUAUUCUGAGCAUGAUGCCCCAAUUACAGCUUCUCGACAGAAAUCAGAGAAGCCAAAUAAAAAGGGCAAAGGACAUUUGAAACAGAAGAAGAGACCUAGACAGGAUGCCGAAUCUAGAAAAGCAAAACGAUCAACAGAGAAGCGGGAGAAGAGGCGUAAGAAUGAGGACUGAAGACAGCUAAUUUUUCUAUAAAUGACUGCAGUUUCCAAUAGACAGAAGUUCAAUCUCAACAAGAAUAUCCUAAAAACAAGUUUUUGACCUCUUUGUUACGUUUUUAUAAAUUUUGUUUGGAUUCAGGAUAAUGGAUAAGUUGUUUGUAACUGUUCAUUUUAUAAUUUCAUUAGCUUUACAAGAAAGAGUGAAUGCAGGGUUCAA